UAUUCGAACUUCAGACGUUGUAGCGAAAAGUUGCGUGCGCGCACGUUCAAUUCCAAACGCUCCUUGUUUACAAUAACUUUACUGACAGUUGCCACGUGCUCCCAAGUGUAUGAGGUGGGUUAUUGAUUUUUUAUAGCUCAAAUUGCGCGAGUCACAAGUUAUCCAGUUUAAUUUAGAAUAGGUACUUGUUAAAGGUGCAGAAAUUUGGAUUCACACAUUAAGGUGUUAAAAAAGUAACAUCUUCAAAAUAGGCUACUACGAUAAGGAUCUUAAAAUGACCCUACAAGCUGCAGAAUCACCUGUCAGAUAUGGUAUACCUCUAGAAUGGGAACGAGUUUCUUAUUACAGGAACGAACUUUCACAUACGUACGAUGAAGAUGAACUACCCAGAGAUCCCAGACAAUGGACACGAGAAAACGUUGCGGAAUGGUUAAGACACGUGAUGUCAGUACACAAUCUUCCAGAAAUACCACCUUCAAGAUUCCUAAUGAACGGAAAAGCUCUUUGCCUGAUGUCACCCAGUAUGUUCCUCAGCAGAGUUCCUUUAGGUGGUAAAUUACUAUACAAAGAUUUCCAGUUAAGAUUAUGCGCAGCUCUGUAUUCGAGAAGUUAAAUUGGUUGCUACAUGGAUUUAUUUAUUAUUAUUUUAAGAAGAAUUUUUAUACUUUAAUAACAUUGGAGAGUGUAACAAUAGUUUGGCAUUGCUUAGACCCAAAUGCAUUUUCUGAUUUAUUUCAAAACCUGUACUAGUCCAGGCUACCAAGGUUAAAAUGAGUCAUGAAUCUGCAUCGAUUUGCAUGAAAAUUUGGAAUUAAGCUUGACUUAUCCUUAUCUUCAAAAUCUCCCCUUUGUCGAUACGUGCUUAUUACUCUUAUGGGUGAAAACUACCUCUUAUUGCAAAAAAUCAAUAAAAUCAUAAGUAUAAGCAUUUAAUGAGUAGAAAAAUAGGUUUGAAUAAAAGUUAUUUAAUGCUUUAAUAUAUUAUUUAUGAUUUUUGAACCCUACUUGAUUUAUUUCCAUGUAUAUCCAUUAUAAAGCACCCCCGGUUAAUAUAAAAUUUUAAAAAAUAUCAUUUAAUUACUUUAUGGUACCUUACUUAUAUUAAAUUGACUCUUUUGUUUGUGUUUAACUCAAAUAUUUUGCAACCCAAAUGUUCAACUAUCAUAAAUCAUUCCUUAUUUCGAAAAAAAAUGAAAAAAAAAAUAUUUAUAGACGUAUUUGUUCUCUUUGUGAUGAUUUAUUUAUUUCACAUAAAAAUCUUUUCAUCUGUUUUGACUUGAAUAUUUUGUAUUUAUAAUUUUCAACCCCUAUAAAUUAUCCCCUAUUUCGUAAAAAAUUGAAAAAAAAUAUUUACUGACGUACUUAUACAAUUUUUUAAUUUAUUUCAAUUUGACAUUUUUUUAUCUCCUAACUUGAAUUUUAUGUAAUUAGAAUUUUUAACCCCUAUAAAUCAUCCCUUAUAACAAAAAAAUGAAAAAAUUUACAAUAUUUAUAUACUUCCAAAAUCUACCUGCUCCAAAAUUUAAGUAAGGUGUAUUUCGUUUUUUGGACAUAUCUCCGAUAAUUUUCAAGCAAAAUAAUUGAUCAAAACGUAGAUUUAUGGGGAAUUUUAUAACCCAUAAGUUUAUAAACGUUUCAAAUUUCUUUAGCACUCAUAUUUUUAAAAGGCAACGUUUAAAAGGUUCGAAAAUUGUAUCAGCCAGACGUUGUCUGUCAGUUAGAAAAAAUUUAAUAAAGCAAAAUAUUUGUUACAAAAAAUUUUAACUUUUUGUUCUGUAUCGAUUUUAUGUAUAUCUAAUAGUUUUUCAGAAAUUUUGAAAAAACGAUGAAAUUUUUAACAAUUUCGAAAAUAAUUUUUCGACUUUCAACAUAAUUUUGUUUGAAAUCAAGCAUUCUAAAUCGUUCAAACUUCCAGAAAUCAUUAUUAGUACGUAAAUAAAGUAAAUCAUCACAUUAUAUUUUUAUUACCAUUUAGGUACUAAGGUUGAAAUUGAGGUUUUCUUCUACAAAAAGAAUAUAAAUUGAUUUUAUUUCGGUCAUAACUUUUAUACUAAAGAGUUAUACUAACUCUCAUUUUGAAGAUUUUUAAAAGUACUUUGAAAAAUAUUAUAUGCAAUUACGUUGAAAAGUUUACCGUCUUUCCGUUACUCGACGUUGAAUUUUUAAAAAAUUUUCUUUCAAAAAAUUUCAACCUUCAAUAAAUGAUAACUCAGUUCAUAUUAUGCCUAAACCAAAUUUAAAAAAAUUUCUUUGUUUUUUAUAAGCUUCAUUUUUUUACUCACACUUUUUCAGGUAAAAUCAAAAGUAUUCGAGUUAUUCAUGAAAAAUAUUUUUUUUACUGAAAAUCCCAAGUUUUCAAUCGUGAAUAACUAAAAAUCUAUUGAUUUUUGCAAAAAAAAUGCUUAGAACAUUUUUUUUUGAAAAGUUGGUCAAUUUCCGCGGUUAUUUUCAACAUAACAAUUUUCACUCCCUAGUUGGGGUAGAACACACCCCUAAAAUCGAAGCAGGUUCAUGGAAAUCGAAGGUGAAAACCUAUGUAUCCUGGACUAUAUGUAUCUUGAACACAAACAUACAAAUGAUUUCUCUAUGAGUCUGGACAUAAGGACUUCAGUGUUCAUUGGACAUCUUCUAGGUUCUGAUUUUGUAUAAUACCAGAAAAGAUUUAAUUUUAUGUUCAUCUACCUCAGUAUUAAAACUGUUGUUUUAUGAAAAUUAUGUAAAAUAUGACUGACUUCUAUGUAAUAAGUGAUUUAUUUGUAUAUUUUGUUUGGCCUAGUCAUGUAUAUAUAUAUAUAUAUAAAACUGAAAAUAUAUUGAUUUAAAAAAA